CGGUGUCGCGCGGUCGCGGCGAACCGCAGUGCCGGGGGUGUUCAUCCACCAACAUAUAUCAUCGCAAUGAUAGUGAGGCACGACUAGAGUUUGCGUCUUCGUUCAGUCCGGAUCAAGGAACACAUACAAUAUUAACGGAUGGAUUUUAACAAAGAUUUGAAAAUUUUCCCUGAGCGAAAUGAGAGUUCCAGAGUUUAACAAAAUAACUACAUUCCAAUUCGCACACAUCUAUAUGAUGUUCAAAUUUAAUAUUAUACUGUAACAAUUGAUCGAAAUGAAUCCAAUCAGUACAAAUUUAAAACAGUUUUAACGUACAGACGCAGAAAAAUAAAAAAUCGUUACGUAAAUAGUUGGAGUGGUCGGGGUAGUUACGGCAGUUUUCCAGUGCGGUGAGCGGUUACUUGUUGCUCACAGUGAUUCAGUGAUCAAUAGAGUCUGCGCUCGUGGACCUACUGACUUACUCACCAUGAGACUCCUCUGUCUAGCCCUUGUCCUCUACUGCUUUAGAAAUGCCAAUAAACGAAUCUACAUCCUCGUCCUUCAGGUUGUGUACUUAGAUUUAGAUUUAUCGUUGCUUAAAUUGUCACUGUAGGUACGAAAGCAUCGUUGUGAAUUUUAGGUGGGUAUUUCCACAUGAAUAAUUCUAAUUGCUUAAAGAUCGUAUAAUUUGUUGUGUUAUGAUAUCGUACACGUUUUGUUGCAAUGAAUGACGGACAUGCAUUAUCUUGUAGGUUUAAGUGUAAUAGUUUUUUGAAUAUGAGAAGUAAAAUGGUUGAUAAAAAUAUCAUUAAAUGUAAAAGAUAGUUCCCAGGAAACGUGUGAACUAUUUUUCACGUUUUCAGUAUAUAACGUGUGUGCUCAAUUGAAAAAGGCAAUUUCGUUCAUUAAAUUAUCUAAAAAGUUGUAACAUCCAUAUAAAGCUAUAUUUUAAAAUUUAUUCAUUAAUUUAAAUGCUCCGAUGAACUUUUACUGUGAUUUAAAAAAGACAUACUGGAACCAUCUCUAAGAGAAAUUCACGUAACACAUCGUAUUCAUAAGGAUAUGCUUCAGUGAAAAUAAUAAGGAAUCUUCUUUUUAAGGACUUCAUCUAGAAUACAUAUCAAAUAACAACAAAUCACAAGAGUAAAUCACAAAAUUUAUUAUUAUUUUCCGUUCGUUGUUUGGUUUGAGCGUGUAAAAUGCGGGUGUGCAAGUGAUCGCUAUGUCGAACCUGACAUUUUCUGAAAAUUCAUCUCUAAACCUCGACUGGGAUUUCGUACCUCAGGUAGAACAGUUUAACCUAUCGACGAACGCUUCCAACUCCACAGGCCCCGCAUCUCACGAAAAGAACUAUUGGGCCCUUGUGCUCGUGGUGUUCCCUUUCCUCACUCUGUUCGGAAAUGUGCUGGUCAUACUCAGCGUAUUCCGUGAGCGUAGCCUCCAGACAGCGACCAACUACUUCAUCGUCAGCCUGGCUCUAGCCGAUCUGCUGGUAGCCGUCGUCGUCAUGCCCUUCGCCGUCUACGUCCUGGUUAAUGGGGACUGGGGACUUCCUCCUUUUGUUUGUGACUUCUAUAUCGCAAUGGACGUGACAUGCAGCACCUCGUCCAUUUUCAACCUUGUAGCCAUCAGCAUAGACAGGUAUAUUGCUGUAACGCAGCCCAUAAAGUAUGCCAAACACAAAAACAACCGCAGAGUGUGGCUUACUAUAGUUCUGGUGUGGGUGAUCAGCGCCGCUAUCGGGAGCCCGAUAGUUCUGGGUCUCAACAACACGCCUGACCGCAUCCCAGACCUCUGCAUCUUCUACAACUCAGACUUCAUCAUCUACUCUUCCCUGUCGUCCUUCUACAUCCCCUGCAUCAUCAUGGUCUUCCUGUAUUAUAGUAUAUUUAAGGCAUUAAGAAACAGAGCGAAAAAGCAGAAGGCAGCUCGCAAACCACAUCUGGACAUGAAGCCAGGUAUAGUGAUAGAGAACGUAGCUCAGACGAGACGCUUGGCUGAAACAACGCUGGUGGCAUCCUCGGCUCUGGUACCCACUACCAGUAUAGACGAUGCGCCUACCAACACUGGCAGCGGUAGUCAGGAAGAAGAUGAAGACGGCGAACGAUCGCCGGGACUAGAGGACUGCCAUGUGAUACCCAACGACAAGUCAACAGAGUUUAUAUUGGCUACCGUAGUAGAGGAAGCGGCUAGUGUGGGUGCUGUGGCAUCGCCUCCUGUAGCGACGGAAGAAAAAGGUAACAAUGACUCAGGGUAUGCUGCCUCCCAACUAGAGGAAGCAGUGGCUGCCAGCAGCCCUCCUGCCAGUCCGCACCACAGGCCGCUGCCAGCAGUCGACGAGAAUCCCCCUCAGAAGCCUUCAGCCAUGAGACGGAACGGAUCAAUGACUGCAGAGCCCGCUCACUCGCAAUCAGCUGCUCCGGUGAAACGGGUUCUCUCGGCGAGCGUGAGAACCACCUCGGAAGACGAGGGUUCAGGAUCGAAAAAGGAGCGGAAAGCUUCCUCGGGCACAAGAUUUACCAUCUACAAGGUCAACAAGGCUAGUCGCAAAAAGAGAGAAAAGUCAUCCGCAAAGAAGGAAAGAAAAGCAACGAAGACAUUAGCUAUAGUUUUAGGUGUAUUUUUAUUCUGCUGGGUGCCGUUCUUCACCUGCAAUGUGAUGGAUGCCGUCUGCACCAAAUUGGGUGCGACCUGCCAGCCGUCCCUCGCUGCCUUCAUCAUCACCACCUGGCUAGGCUACAUGAACAGUUUUGUCAACCCCGUCAUCUACACCAUUUUCAACCCGGAGUUCCGCAAAGCGUUCAAAAAGCUCAUGGCGCUAGGCACGUGAUCUUCAGUCUACCGCGCACUUUAUCGUAACAUGAUUCGCCAAACUCUCGAGAAUCUGGUUUGUCUCCCUACCACGAUGAAAAAUUUACUACAUAAAUACUAUUUUCAAAAGCUUUUUCAUAGUUCAAACCAGUGUUUAAAAUUCACCAUACUAACUUUGUGAGUGAGUUACGCAAACGUCUGUUUUAACUGUCAAAAUCUCAACUCUUUAAAUUAAAACGGUUGCUUUCAUUUCGUUUAUAAAUGAUUCUGGUUUAGACUUAAAACUUUAUCCCGAAAUAUUCAUGCAAUAUAUGAAAACAUUUGACAAAAAGAGGUUUUUAUAUCUUGUAUUGCUACAAUAUAGAUUUAGGAGACCAAAGAUAUGUUCUUGAAAAAGUUAUUCUUUAAAUUUAUUAUGCUAAUAAUAUUUACAAUAUUUUUUAUUCAUACUUAAUAAAAACGGUACCUUCUUAAUCUAAAAUUUAUAUAUGCAUUAUUAAACUUUUAAAACAUUGCUUCAUAUCGGUUAGACAAUAACUUGUUGAUUUAUUAAAUAUUUUAAAAUUUUCUUAUAUUUCAUACUAGAAAUAUAAUUAAAACUGUCAUGGCACACAAUUAUUGUUGAAUUGGAACGUCUAUUGUUGACUGAAGUCUAUUUCGGAAUAAUUUUCGUUUUCAAAUCUAAUGAAACUAAAGUAUUAUUAAUUGUAUUAAUCACACGUAACAUCAUUCUGUAACAAACAGUAAUCUUUAAUUGAGUUUUAAUUCAAUUUAAUAACAUGUUCAUGAUAAAGCUAAGUUCAUGAUAAGCUAUUCUUAAUGUAAUAUAUAUAAGUCAUAAAAAAAUACCAAACUGAUUUAAGUAACUUAAAGUUAAUAUCCUUAUUAUUAUUUUUUAAAUACUAUAGUACCCAUAAUAAUAAUAUCCGGUUAUCAUAAUUUCCUUUUGAUAUCUGGAGUUAAAAUCAUUUACCAUUACAACUACCAACUAUUUUUGAUACGUAGUUUUUGAAGUACAAUUGUAUUUAAAGUUGAUUAUAAUAUUUUGUAAACGGUUUUAUGAGGUUUUAAAGUUCUAUAUGAUCAUCGACUAGAACUAAGACAUUUGACAUGUUAGUUUAAAAAAACAAAGUUAAAGUCAUUAUGGAAACACCAUAUAUAUCUCAUCGAUAUACAAUGAAUUUAAAACUACAAUGUUUGUGUAUUCUGACUCCACAGGAAAAAGUGUAGUUAUAUUCAUAUACAGGCUUGAAAAGGUAUUUGUUUGAACUUUGAAACCUAUGACGUAUGUGAUGUAUCACGUUACACGGUAAAAAAGUAAUACAUAUCUGUUUUAUCCAGCCUAGACAUUUAAUAAUUUUUAUCAAAAUGUAUAAGGUAAAGUUAUGAAUAAUUAGUGUUAAUAAUUCAUUUACAUUUAAUUUUCUAAUUAAAGUUAGACGUUUAUUAGUGUAUCUUAAUUUCAAUGAAUUAUUUGUGUUAAUUUUAUUAUAAUGCCACAUUAUAAGACGAUUUAAAAAUUAUCUGUACUGAAAGCUACGUUCUUUCAAAGAAUAGGUGGUUAUAAUUACAAUUAAUUAAAUUUAAGAGUAUUGAUUCUAAAAUAAGCAACAAUAUCCUCAAUAGUGGUGAUUUAUUUUUUUCGUUUCGUAAAAAAAAACUUCAUCGUCAUAAAAAUGUUGACAUGGUUGUAAGUAACCAAUUUAUUCGAAAGAAUCUUGAAUAAUAUUCUGAGGAUAGGAAAUAUCCUUUUAUAUUCUCUCCAAAGGGAGAUUUCUCAAUUUAUCUAUAAAUACAUCUUGUAUAUAGAAAUACGCUUAACCUAGAUGAAUCAACUGUAAACAGGGUCCUUGUGUUAAAUGUACCCCGAUGUUACCCCAAAAUGCAAUAAUGUAAAUGAACAUUUACUGUAAAUAAAUCCUUUACCAUUGUAGGAGUUAAAUAUUAACAGAUUUAUACCUUGUUUAUGAAACUGAGCUUUAUAUAGUUUAAAUUUAAGCUUUAUUUUGGGAAACAUAAACCUAUACAAUGUAUUGUCUAUACUGUACCAUAAUAUGCUAUAUUAUGUAAAUAAAUAUACUAUAUCCUUUUACA